AUGGCUACUUCUAGUCAAGAUCUUUAUGAUAUUGAUACUGAUACAAUCAAUUAUAUUAAUGUAUUAGAUAGUACAUAUUUAGAUCCAGAUCAAGAAUAUAAAUUACUUGAUAAUGAAAGUGGUUGCAGUUUUACAGAUCACUCUUGUGAAAUACCCGGAACACCUCAUACAGAUAGUAGUGAAAAUGACUAUUUAUAUUCAGAUACAUUUAGUAAUAAAGAAAUAUAUGAAUUAGCAUUAAAUUAUUUUAGAACAUUAUCCAAUAAUGAUGAAAUAUAUAGGGAUAUUGAUUGGUUAUCUAGUGAUUUAGAUAAAUCAACAGAUACAGAAUCAUCUUGUAGUUUUUCAUUAUUAACCAAAGAAAAUGAAACAGAUUAUGAAAUUAAGGAUUAUAAGCGGUCUAACAAUAGUAAUAGCAAUAUUAAACAAUGUGUGAUUUCAGAAAUAAAAGAUGUAAAUCAGCCUAAUGCACAAGCAUUAAAAUUUAAUCCUCCAAGUUAUAUGGCAACAAAAAUUGCUAUGCAAUUAAAAAAAAUUCAGUUAUCAAGUCUUUUUGAAACAGAAAAUUAUAUAAAAAUUAUUCGAGAACAACCAAAAAAACUUGGAGAGGCUUUAGGAUUAGAAAUCAGAACUAGAAAAUCUCACGAAUUAAUAGAAAUGCGGCACCAAGAUUUAGUAAAAGGAAAGUCUAUUUCACUUGAAAGUAAUGUUCAAGACAGUACUAUAACAAUAGAUGAUGAUAAUAAUAAAGAGUCUUCCAUCAACAAUUUAUCUUUUGUUAAUAAAAAAAGAAGAUACGAUCAGUUUUACAAAACUAAUAAUAUAAUAAUUCCGGACUUAGAGCAUGAACAGCAAACUUACUCAUUGAAUAAUUUAUCUAAUAAGCAGAAAGAUCCUCAACGGUUUGAUAACGAAUUAACUUUGGAUAAUAGUAAUUUUGAGGAUUAUAGCCCGUUUCAUAAUAAUAAAGAUAUACAGACCAAGGCAUUCAUGACUUCUAACUCUGUAAAUCUUAAUGACAAUUUAAAUUUUAAGAAUCUUCUUAUACACAGAAGUACAAACAAUUUUUGGAUUUUACUUUUGAUAUUUAAAUAUCAAGAAAGGUUCUGGCUUUCAGAUGUCAUGAUCGAAUCUCUUUUAAAAAUUUGUAAAUUAGUUUUAAUAGAUGCUGAUAUAAGACAAUUUGAAAAUUUUUCUUCAACAAUUUAUAUGACCAAUAAGUUACUAGAAAUCAGAAAAAACAAUAAAAUUAAUAAAAUUUUUGCAGCUUGUCCUGAUUGUAACAAACUUUAUAAUAUUAGUACUAGUAAUUCAGGAUUUAAAUGUACUUAUAUUGAAUUUCCUAGUCAUCCACUGCAAACUCAACGCCAACCUUGUGGAUCCGAAGUAUUAGUUAAGGUUCCCGUAAAACAGGAGCUAUUACAAAUCAUUAUGCAAAAUUGGCGACUUGAUGAUCUUAUAUCCACUCAAUCAAAUAACUUGAACCUUAUCAAAGGUUUAAGUUUAAUAUGGCCAAAAGCAACUGUGGGAAGCUUAGCAAUUUAUGACAAUUGUAAAUUUGAUGAACUUUGCCUUUUUAGGCAAAUUUAUCAGCUUGAAAUUGAAGAUACAAUUACUGCUUAUUAUAAUAAUGCAUAUGACAUGGAAUUUUUGUCAAUUGAGGAGUUUACUGGAGAAAAGGCAAGAAGUUUUGAACGAAGAAUUGUUAUCCGGCCUCAGGCGCAAUUGUCAUUGGAAUUAGAUAAUCCUGGCCAUGGCCAAAACAA